GUCUCAGAGGUCAACGGGCAGGUUGCUCGCCUGGUCUGUCGGCCAGGUUUCAAUCGAAUUGAUAAAGCGAUGGACCUAGCUGACAAGGAAGUGUUGACAUCCCCAGCUGGCAUGAGAGAUGUUCCAAGGCCUGUCAUUGUAAUCACGGAUGGAAGGCAAACAACUACCCAAGGACCGUAUACUUCUCUCGACGUUCUCUCCUCGCGACUACAGGAAAAGAAAGCAAGUGUGUUUGCUUUGGGUAUUGGCGACGACAUUGACAAAUCAGAACUUGAAAAAAUCGCAUCCUCACCUGAUAACGUGUUCACAGUUAAAUCGUUCGACGAAUUGCAAGACAAAGUUCAUCGGAUAAAGAGAGGCUUUUGUAUAGUGCCUCCUGUACGUACGACUCCAAUACCGCUGCCCACAACUCCUCCGAGCUGCAAAGCUACGGCAGAUGUGGCGUUCCUUGUUGAUUCAUCGGGAAGCAUUGGUCGUAGAAGAUGGCCAUUGAUGAUAAACUUCUUGAAAGAAGUUACCAAUGUGUUCAACGUUGGUCCAGAUGGUAGUCAUAUAGCUGUAAUUGCCUACAGCACCAGCGCAAAGCUGGAGUUUACUUUCAACACCUUGUCUGGCGCACAAAUUACAGCAGAGGAAUAUGGAAAACUGAUCGAUAAAAUAGGAUUUCAGAGAGGCUUUACUUACAUCGACAAGGCUCUGAUAAUGGCUGAUGAACAGGUGUUCAUUACAAACGCUGGAAUGAGGCCUGGUGUAUCGCAGGUCGCUAUAGUGAUCACCGAUGGAGAGCAGACCACAUUCCGAGGAUAUACACCUUUGGAUAUUGCUUCUAAAAGGAUCAAAGAUAAGGGAGUUGAAGUGUUCGCCUUGGGUGUUGGUGGCGGUGUUAAAGUUGAUCAACUACGACUGAUUGCAAGUUCUAAUGACAACGUGUUCACAUCUUCCGGUUUUGAGGAACUCGUCAAUGUCGUGAAGCCAAUUGUGGAGAAGUCUUGUCGAACGAAACCUCCAGAUCCGUGCAAGACUAUUGGCUGCAAGGCGCCCUACAACAUAGGCUGCAGAACUGUCAACAACACAGCAGAGUGCAUCUGCCCAACAUGUCCGGACACGCUUAACCCUGUUUGUACUUCAGAUGAUGUUCAGGAUGGUUCUGAGUGUCACAUGAGGAGGCAAUCUUGCGUCACAGAAGAUCUAGUGACUGUUACAAACCGUGCACCAUGCGACAAGGAAUGCAAGCCAAUUGCAGAUAUUGGAUUUGUUAUCGACUCAUCUGGAAGCAUUGGACGACGCAACUGGGGAAGAAUGAAGCGAUUCCUAAAAGCGUUGGUCAGCAAACUUGACGUCAGUCCUUCCUCUACACACGUAGCAGCUGUUGCCUAUAGCAACAACCCUGAGGUAGUGUUGCGAUUUAACAGCCGUCAGGGUACGAAUGAAGUGAAUUUCGCGUUUGAUGGAAUGCGUUGGCAGCGCGGUUUUACUUAUACUGAUAAAGCUCUAUUCCUGGCAGACAGUGAUUUGUUCCAGAGUGCAAAUGGCAUGAGACCAAACGUAGGCAAGGCUCUUGUUGUCAUCACGGAUGGAAAACAAACAACAUCAAAACCUUAUACCAAACUAUCAGUAGCAUCUCAAGGAGUGAAGAACGCGGGAAUUGCAGUAUAUGCUGUUGGAGUUGGCAAGGGAGCUGAUGCAGCAGAGUUGAGGGAAAUGGCAUCGAGCCAAGAGAACGUCUUUACAUCUGCGUCAUUUAAGGAACUGCAGACCCUUGCUGUCGAGAUAAGAAAGCGGCUUUGUGAAGUGCGUCCUCCUCCCACAACUCUACCUCCUACCACACCAAAACCAACAGAAUUUGUUUGCGAAGCUGUAGCAGACGUGGCUUUUCUGGUGGAUUCAUCAGGAAGCAUUGGCCGGCGGAACUGGGUCAAGAUGUUGCAGUUCUUGAAAGACAUGGUGAAAGCUUUCAACGUCGGCCCAGAUAAAACACACAUUGCUAUUGUAGCCUACAGUACCGCAGCUAACCUUGAGUUUAAAUUCGACCGACUUAAAGGAUCUCAAAUAACAGAGGCAGGAUACAAUGGUCUUAUCGAUAGAAUUCGAUUUCAGAGAGGUUUCACCUUUAUUGACAGAGCUCUGAUUCUUGCCGACCAACAAGUAUUUCAAAGAUCGGCUGGGAUGAGACCAGAACUUCCUCAGAUCGCCAUUGUUAUUACUGACGGACGGCAAACUACAGACAGAGGUCCAUAUAGACAGCUUGCUGACGCAUCUAGGGGACUUAAAUUAAAGAAAGUUCAGGUCUAUUCCCUUGGUAUUGGAAAAAGCUUCGACCAAAAACAGCUGGAGGACAUAGCCAGUUCAAAGGACAAGAUGUUUUUCGCCUCUAGUUUUGCCGAACUUGCACCAGUGGCGCAGGAGAUUGCACAGAACUCGUGUCCAGAACAAAAGAAAGGUGAUAGCUACGCGGCGAAUUUAACGCAGGCUCUGGAACAAACCACACAAAGACUGUUUACCACAGCUGCUGGCAUGAGAUCAAAUGUGCCCAAGGGUUUGGACGCCAUCUUGGACUGGCUGGCUGCCUGCCUGCCUGGCUGGUUACGUGGCACAAAUGGUCUGGAUCUCAUGUGAAAUUGUUUUGGCCGCCGGGAACUGGGCGUUAAACGAAAUCCAGUCCCUAACGAACCUGGCAAGUCCAUGUCAACUCACCCAGCCAGCCCAGCGUCAAAACUACAGCUACAAGCCAAAUCUUUUUAUUCGAGGUGCUUUAAAACUAAGGUAUUGAACUAUUAGUAGUAGCAGGGAUAUUAUAUGUUUCCUUAGCGAAUAACUCCUGAAAAGUAAAGUGCAUUUCAUAAUAGUGAAAGCUUUUAGUUGCAAGAGAGAAGGAAAACUAAAAAAACAUUGCCGUUCAGUUUAACAAAAGAUGACUUACGUUAGGUGCUAAAUGACAAAAGUUUUAUGUUGAAAACAAAGAUGACAGCGCACAGGUAACACUCAGUAUAAAAGUAGUUUAUCACCUUGCCUGCUAUGCGAACAGUUCUUGUUUAUUUUCCAAGCAUGCUCAAGUUAUAUUUAGUUCCUCGUUGCUUAGGCAUCGAAGCAUAGUCAAGUUAUUUUUGCCGUUUUGCUCGUAGAAUGGCUUGCAAGGUAUUGAACAAUACAUCCGGGUUUUAAAACCAAUUCCUGGAUGGUAGAAAAGGACAGUAACUAAACCUUAGUGACUACAGCGUGAAUUAACAGUAGAAAGCUGCAGUAGUAGUUUUUAGCAAGGCGAUUAAAAAACUAACGAAGAACAUUCUUAACAA